AUGCCGCGCCCGAUCCUCAAGACGCUGUCGUCGUAUGCGAGCCCCGUGCGGGGCUCGGGCAGCGCGUCCAAGCGAGACAGGAAGCGUGCGACCAUCAGGAGACACACGGGAGCCAAUCGCCGCGUGACGUUCUCGCCCUUCACCAAGUUACGCGGAGACGCACGGCGAGGAAACCAAGGGCUCGUUGACGUCGGGGUUCACCUUCUCCAGUGCCACCGAGGCAGAGAAAAAUCGAGGCGGAAGCAGGAGCUGCAGACUAUGCGGACGCUGUACAUUGCGGCGAGACGCCGACCGCACAGCGUCAAGUCGCUGCUGCUGGCUCAUGUGCCUGGACUCAAGCGACUCAACACGUGGGCGACCGACUGGAUCGACUACGCGAAAGCAAUGAAGGACGCGAUGCCCUGGCCCCAACGCACGCACCAGAAGCGACGACCGAGGAGGCUGCUGCGAGGUCCAUGGACGGAGCUGGACGACGCCGAUCACAAGUACGUUCAGAAACUGGCGCUCAGCUCGACCUCGACACAUGCGACAUUGCUGCUACCCGCAUCGACUUCGUCCCGAAGUGAGGCCAACAACUUGCUGGCUAUCAUUCCGAGCUCGCCCAAGCCCGAUCUCACCCCAGCAAGUCGAGGAAGCUUUACAAACCUGCUCCGGAAAGAAGGCAUCCCAGUCGACGAGGACGUGCACCAGAUCAACCGUGCGGUCGAUGAAGAUCUGCGUGGCGUCAGCCACCUUGCGAAACGCCAGCGCAUCCAGCGGUGA